AUGUCGACCACCAUUGACAAGAUCAAGGAGAUUGAGUCCGAGAUGGCUCGGACUCAGAAGAACAAGAAUACCUCCUUCCAUUUGGGACAAUUGAAGGCUAAGCUUGCUAAGCUCAAGCGAGAGCUGUUGACUCCAUCCGGAGGCGGCGGAGGCGGUGGUGCCGGUUUCGAUGUUGCUCGUACUGGUGUUGCCAGUGUUGGCUUUAUUGGUUUCCCCUCCGUUGGCAAGAGUACACUGAUGAGCAAAUUGACCGGCCAACAUUCGGAAGCUGCCGCCUACGAGUUUACGACCCUUACGACUGUUCCUGGACAAGUCAUAUACAAUGGUGCCAAAAUUCAGAUUCUGGAUCUUCCUGGUAUCAUUCAAGGUGCCAAGGAUGGUAAGGGUCGUGGUCGUCAGGUCAUUGCAGUGGCUAAAACUUGCCAUCUUAUUUUCAUUGUUCUUGAUGUGAACAAGCCACUGGUUGACAAGAAAGUUAUCGAAAACGAACUGGAGGGCUUUGGCAUUCGCAUCAACAAAUCUCCUCCCAACAUUGUGUUCCGGAAGAAGGACAAGGGCGGUAUUGCUAUCACCAGCACCGUCCCUCUGAACAACAUUUCUCAUGAGGAAAUCAAAGCAGUGAUGAACGAGUACAAGAUCUCGUCUGCUGAUAUUUCUAUCCGGUGCGACGCGACCAUUGAUGAUCUGAUUGAUGUUUUGGAGGCAAAGAGCCGAAGUUACAUUCCUGUCGUAUACGCACUCAACAAGAUUGAUGCCAUUUCUAUUGAGGAGCUCGAUCUUUUGUACCGGAUUCCCAACGCCUGUCCCAUCAGUUCAGAGCAUGGAUGGAACAUCGAUGAGCUCCUGGAGUUGAUGUGGGAAAAGCUCAAUUUGCGACGAAUCUAUACCAAACCCAAGGGCAGAGCGCCUGACUAUUCAGCCCCUGUUGUCCUUCGUGCUUCGGGAUGUACGGUUGAGGACUUCGUAAGGACACCCCGCGAGACCUUCACGCCUAAGGAUUCGGAACAGUUCAAGCAUGCGAUCGUCUACGGUCGUUCCGUCAAGCACCAGCCGCAGCGAGUCGGCCUCUCUCACGAGCUUGCUGAUGAAGAUAUUGUAUCGAUUGUGAAGCGAUAA